GGAACCUGGAAUGGCAGCCUCAGGAAGUGGACGUGGCCUAGGUUCAGCUGGAAUUCGAACCCAAGUCCAACUCCCCAGCCCCCUUGGCCCUCAAUCCCAAGGCCCGCUCUUCUCGGUGGGGUCUCUUCGUAGGGCUUUGCCAUGGACUCGGGUCCGAGGCCGAGAGACGGGGCCUCGCCUGGGGCCGCUUCCGGGGCUCAUCCGGGGCUGGUGAGGCACACGGGGGGCUGCCACUGCGGGGCCGUCCGCUUUGAGGUCUGGGCCUCGGACGCCCUCCACGUCUUCGACUGCAACUGCAGCAUCUGCGUCAAGAAGCAAAACAAGCAUUUCAUUGUCCCGGCCUCGCAUUUCAAGCUCCUGAAGGGUGCCGACAACCUGAGCACCUACACCUUCAACACCCACCGGGCCCGGCACUCCUUCUGCAAGACCUGCGGCGUCCAGAGCUUCUACACCCCUCGCUCCAACCCCGACGGAUACGGUGUUGCUCCGCAUUGCCUGGACGAGGGCACGGUGCGCAUGGUCAUGGUCGAGGCCAUCAACGGCAAGGAGUGGGAGAAGGCCGUGGGUGCCCACCCCACCCUCCGGAGCAUGUCCACACCUGACGCCUCCCCAUUGGGCACCGAGGCCCCUUCCCAUUCCAAAUAAAAGGUGCUACUUUUGUAAAUCGACAAAAA